UAUACCUGCCAUAUUUUACAGCGAUCUCUUAUCCUAUAACUCGGAAUCAGAUUCUGUAUAAAGCCGAAUAUUUAUUGCAUACGAGGAAUAUCAAAAGUAUUUAUUCAAUUUUCAAGCUAAUCCAAUAGGAAUAUAGUUGUUGAAAAGAUUAUUGCCAUUGUCGUGACAAUGAUCAGUGGGGGAAAUUCUGUAUAUUAUUUAGUGACAGGUUGCUUCGUUGCGGCGUUUGUGGCCGGCACAGUUGUGAGGGAUGAGGACUGCCGGCGUAUUUGUUCGCCGAAAGCAUGCUCGAAACUCAAAUGCCCCUUAAUUCCGACUGCCCUAUGUGUCAAUGACGUUUGUGGAUGCAGUGCCUUUUUUAUUCAGCGGCAUGGAAAAAACCUAAUCGACGUGACGGAUUUUUGUGGACAACGCAUGCCGGAAUCUUGGCAAUUGCCAUCCACAGGAAGUCUCGAUGCAUCAACUGGGCAGGCACAAGCAUCCAGCCAGCCUGCCAUCAAUCAAGCUCCGCUGGCGAAUACUAUACCCUCUGGUUGCCGAUUUGUUUGCUUGAAUGAAUGGGAUGUUCAAGACAGCAAUCGCGUCAGCGCUGACGCCGCCGGGCUGUCGUAAUGCUCCAGCAAGCUUAAGCUCUUUAGUUUUAAAAUCUAAUGAAAUGCGAUCUGAAUACGUUUUUAGGUCACAAGGAUCCAACCUGUAUAUGUCGAUAAUUUUGUACGAGUAGCUAUUUGACGUGUGGACCAUGUAACUAUUAAAUUUCUACGAGUUUAAUUACCGUUUAGUUAGGUCACCGGUGCGGGCGGUGCAUGCACGGUGCCUGUGUCGCUAAUUUUACUGUA